AUGCACUUCCUCUUGACCCUCCUCCUUUUAUACGCUUCUGUGUCCCGUGCUCUCUACGUGCAGUUGUUGCCACAUUUGCUGCCUGGGAGAAAUCUGCAGCGAGACAAUAGCACUUACAGAAUCGCCCAUGUAGAGGACAUAAAUGACAAUGACGAAACAUUCGCUUCCAACGCUCGCCCCGGUGAACGAUGUGGCCCUGGGUUUUGCGGCAUAACAGCGGCACAUUGCAAUUCUCCGGAUUGUCAACUUGGGUACGGCACUUGCGAUGCUGAUAAGACCCCCCAGGGCCCUCCCACGAAGCAUAUCAUACGGCCAAGACUUGGCUCUGUCCCUUAUGGUGAAGCCAUCAUGUCAUGCAAAGCUUCAUUGACAUUCGCAAUGACAUUCGAUGAUGGCCCCAAUGAAUAUACUAGCGAUCUACUUGACAUUCUUGACAAGUUCCAAGCAAAGGCAACGUUCUUCAUUACUGGCGUCAACUCCGGGAAAGGUCAAAUAGACGACUUCUCACGCCCUUGGGGCUCGUUGAUCCAGCGCAUGCACCGUGAUGGCCACCAACUCGCCAGUCAUACUUGGUCUCAUCAAGACCUUAACAAAAUUACACACAGACAACGUCGUGAUCAGCUACUGAAAAAUGAAGCUGCUCUUCGCAACAUCAUGGGUGGCAUCCCAACUUACAUGCGGCCUCCAUACUCGAAUUGUAACAAAUCUUGCAUGAAAGACAUGGCAAAGCUGGGUUAUCAUGUCGUUUACUUUGAUCUCGACACAGCUGAUUAUCUAAACGAUAGCCCUGAAAAGAUCCAAGUAUCUAAAGCCAUUGUCAAUGACGCACUGUCAAACACGCAGAAAUCAAACAACAAACCGUUUUUAGCCAUUGGACAUGAUACACAUGCCCAGACUGUUUACAACUUGACCGCUCAUAUCCUACAACGCGUGAAUGAGACAGGCUACCGCGCUGUUACUGUCGGCGAAUGCUUGAACGAUCCUCGUGACAACUGGUAUCGCUGGGAUUAUCGGAACAGCACAUGA